AUGACUGAUAGCACAGCAACAUCAGCACUUAAGGUGUCAAAAACACCAGGAAAGAGAGAGCAGAAUGGAAACGCCUCAGCUACGGCAGCAGCUACUGCAAUGGCUAAUGAAAGAGAAAGUAGAACAGCUGCACAUACACACAUUAAAGGGCUUGGAUUAGAUGAAUUAGGUCAUGCAAAAAAAAAUGAUGGAGGUUUUAUUGAUCAGGCCGAAGCUCGUGAAGCCUGCGGUGUUAUUGUCGACUUAAUUAAGUCAAAGAAAAUGAGCGGAAAAGCCAUUCUUUUGGCCGGUGCUCCGGGAACAGGCAAAACAGCAUUGGCAUUGGCAAUUUCCCAAGAGCUUGGUCCUAAGGUUCCUUUUUGUCCAAUUGUCGGUUCUGAGUUAUUCUCAGCAGAGGUGAAAAAAACAGAGGCUUUGAUGGAGAACUUUAGGAGAGCUAUUGGAUUGCGAAUCAAGGAAACAAAGGAGGUUUACGAAGGUGAAGUUACUGAUUUGACACCUGAAGAGGCUGAAAAUCCAUUGGGUGGAUAUGGAAAGACAAUCAAGCAUGUCAUUAUUGGACUUAAAACUUCGAAAGGUACAAAAAGCCUUAAGCUUGACCCAUCCAUUUAUGAAGCUAUCCAGAAAGAGCAUGUUGCCGUUGGUGAUGUCAUCUAUAUAGAAUCAAAUACCGGAUCAGUGAAACGUGUUGGUAGAUCUGAUGCUUAUGCCACGGAGUUUGACUUAGAAGCUGAAGAAUAUGUUCCCCUUCCUAAAGGUGAUGUUCACAAGAAGAAAGAGAUUGUGCAGGAUAUAUCUUUGCAUGAUUUGGAUGUUGCCAAUGCCAGUCCUCAAGGUGGGCAGGAUAUCCUUUCUAUGAUGGGUCAGUUGAUGAAACCAAGAAAAACAGAAAUCACCGAAAAACUCAGAGCUGAAGUCAAUAAAGUCGUUAGUAAAUAUAUAGAUCAAGGAGUUGCUGAGCUUGUUCCAGGUGUUCUUUUUAUUGAUGAAGUCAAUAUGCUAGAUAUUGAAUGCUUCACAUUUUUGAACAAAGCUUUAGAGUCUGAAAUAGCCCCUGUUGUCAUUCUAGCCUCUAAUAGGGGUCUUACUACUGUUAGAGGAACAGAUAUUAGAUCGCCGCAUGGUAUUCCACCUGAUUUGAUUGAUCGUUUGUUGAUCGUGAGGACAUUACCUUAUGAUCAUGAUGAAUCAAGGGCUAUUAUUUUGAAAAGAUCAAAGGUUGAAGGUUUGUCUUUAUCUGGAGAAGCAGUUGAUAAGUUGGCAUCAACAUCCAUGUCCACGUCCUUGCGGUAUGCUUUACAACUUAUGUCGCCCGCCUCUAUAAUAGCUAAUGUGGAUGGAAGAAGCACAGUGGAAGCAUCUGAUAUUGACGAGUGUCUGGAUCUUUUCUUAGACGUCAAACGGAGCACAAAGAUUCUUGAAAAGAACAAGCAAUUUUUGUGA